AUGCCAAAAAACAAUGCAGGAAAGAAGCUACUUUGUGAGCUGGGCUACAGACUGGGUCACACAUUAGGGGAGGGCAGCUUCUCCAAGGUGAAAACGGCCACCUCCAACAAAUACAAGGGCUCCCUAGUCAUCAAGGUGGUGGAGCAGCAACAAGCACCCACAGAACAGAAACUUGUACCUUUCGUGUGCAGGUUUCUGCCCUGGGAGCUUUCCAUCAUGCACAAUGUCUGGCACCCCAACAUCACAUGUAUCUUUGAGCUCAUCAAGGUCUGCAGUGGGAAGCUCUACAUCGUGAUGGAGGCAGCAGCUACUGACCUGCUGCUGCUGGUACAGCAGCUAGGGAAGCUGUCUGGUGUCCCUAAGGCCCAGGACAUCUUUCUGCAAGUCGUGGGGGUCAUGUGCUACCUGCACAACUGCAACUUGGUGUACUGGAAUCUCAAGUGUGAGAACGUGCUGCUCACUGCUGAUGGCCGCCAGGCCAAACUUAGUGACUUUGGUUUUACCAAGGAGGCCAACACACCGGACUUGAGCACCACAUUCUGCAGAUCGGCAGCCUACACUUCCCUGGAGGUCCUGAUGGGCAUCCCCUACGACAUCAAGAAGUACGUCACGUUGCUCCAUGUGAUGGUGGCCGGCUACUUACCCUUUGACGAUACCCACAUCCACAGCAUGCCCCAGCAGCAGCAGAAAGGGGUUCUGUACCCGGUGGAACUGCCCCCGCUGCCAGAGCCCUGCCAAACCCUCAUUGCCCAACUGCUCCAGUUCAGCCCGGCCUCCCAGCCCAAUGUGGGGCAGGUGACCAAGAACUGCUGCUGA